AUGAAAGAGGAAAUUUCCUGCCAGAUUGAGUCGCUGGGGGAUUUUACCAAGAUGAAGACCGUCGGAAAGAAAGCCAAACGCAUCGGUUUACUUUUUUCAUCUGCUAAAACUGCCAUGGAUAUCAGCCCCGACCGAUGCGAGGAUAUUCCAGAUAUUGAGACAACCGACUACGUUUUCACCGAUGGAUGUGGCCUGAUCGCCCCAAGCCUUGCACAGGAUCUCUCGCGACGAACUCGAAUAAUCUUUCGUGAUACUCGAUAUACGCCUUCGGUAUUUCAGAUCCGCUAUCGUGGAUACAAAGGUGUCGUCACGGUCGACUGGCGUAUGAAGAAGCAGAAAACCCAGCUCAAGUUUCGAAAGUCAAUGAAGAAGUUCAGUGGCGGCGAUGAUCAUUCUUUUGCAGUUGUCGAGUAUUCCAAGCCCUUCUCUUACGGCUUCCUCAACGACGAGACCAUCAUUCUUCUACAUGCCCUAGGUAUCUCGCAAGAAACCCUCCUCUCCAAACAGCGCCAGCACUUUGAUCUCCUCAGAAACGCAAAGACCGAUUUCCGCGACGCGUUCCGUUUCUUGAGCUACGUCAACCGACCCGACCUUGCAGAACGCGUCCUCCUCGAAGGAAGCGAGAGCAUCAAGCCUCAGAUCAACAGCCUAGUCAACGCCGAAUUGAAGAAAAUGCUAAACAAGAAGGACGGACAGAGAUGCCGUAUCUUUGUCCAAAAAUCGCGUUUACUGUUUGGCGUUUGUGAUGCGUGGGAUGUCCUACGCGAAGGUGAAGUCGCAGUCAAAGUCACCAUGGAAGAAAACGGAAUGCCUCGUGCUUUGAAGAACACCGAGGUUACCGUCAUCAGAAAUCCGUGUCUUCAUCCUGGUGAUUGGCAAAAGUUUAAGGUUGUUGAACGACCUGAACUUGCUCAUUUGACGGAUUGUAUCGUGUUUUCGACAAGAGGAAAAAGACCAGCUGCGGAUAUGAUGUCUGGUGGUGAUCUUGAUGGUGAUACGUUCUUUGUCUGCUGGGACCCAGACCUAAUACCUUCGACUAUUUCAACACCAGCUUUAUACCCCGGGGGUCGAGACCCCAUCACAUUCCGCCCUAUCACUGACGACGAUCGCCUGGUAUACUUUGCCAAGUACAAUAACGCGUCACUCGGCCGAGUAAAGAACCUGUAUCUCGACUGGGCUCGAGUGACAGGACCUAUGAGCGCUCAGUGCCAGGAACUGAACCGUCUAUUCUCCCAAUGUGUAGAUGGGAACCGCAUCAAGAUUCCUGAAAAGCUACAAUCUCCUCCAAAAUUGCUUGAUGGUGCCCCUCCCUUCAUACUCGAUGUUCUUCAUAACGAAUCUCGAGAUCAAGUCAAUCGCCUCAGUCUUUCCCAGAGCGGCGAUUUGGAUGGAUACGACAUUGAUGCAAUGAAGCUCUUGUUGAGUCGCGAAGAUGUUGCCAUCGGUGAGUUUGAAUGUGUCAAGUUAGCGUAUACCUGGUGUUUGAAGAACAAGACAUCCUUCGAGAGCCUUCUACAUCUUUUUGACUUCAACGUUCUCGCCCCAGAACAGAAAGCUUGGAUCCUAGCUCACGUCCCGCCAUCACCUAGUACUCCUGGUCUGGUUCUCAAUGCUCUGUGCUCAUCUGGAAUACUUGAGCGCAAUGAGCUGGAACAAUUUCGCUUAGAUUAUCCUGGUAUUAAAUGGAAAAGAACCUAUGACUCUUCAAUAGAUCGCCUGGCCACCUUUCAUGACGCCACUACUACAAACCUGGAAUUGUUUCAUCGCACCCUCAUCGUCUUUCAGCCUGACGAGCGACUAUCUCUGGCUAUAUACAUACCCAAACAGAUAGAACGUUCCCAAGACUGUGUCAUCGAUGAUACUGCCAGGCUGUUCUCGUUUCCACAUUCCCAAGGGCCACAAAGGCAGACUCGGCUAUCUCUACCCACCAAGAUGGAGUAUCAAGUAUACUGCGAUGGUAAUCUUUUUCAGCUCUUUCAGAAAAGCAGAGGAAACACAUGGGUCUUCAUUGCACGACCAGGCCAAAAUGACGAGGACUAUCGCGAAGAAAAGAACAAGGGCGACAGAAGGAGGAAGCGACAGGAAGUGGUCGACCGAGGAGACCAAGCAGAGGUGAUUGCAAGUAUUGAUCUCAACAGGUUCAGCAGACAACUUCAAACACAUAUCGGACGUGUGAAUCGAUCCCCAGUUACAGCUGCAGAAAUCAAUGUCAUCAGCAAUAGAGAUGUCUCGUCCAUGCGAAAUUUGGAUCUCUGGCUUGAACAAAUCGAUACUACCGAGAUUCUUCCUCUCUUCUCAGACGAACCGAAGAAUUACUCUAUCCCGUCUCGUAGCAAUAUCUUAUCACCGUCGGAUCCAUCUUGGCUUAUCAGCAUUGUGAAGCACAAUAAUCUUACUUUGCUGAACAGCUUGGAAUCUGUGGAUCAAUACCAACAAGUUUUCAACAUCGUUCGAAAAGCCAACGAUAAGGGUUUUUUGCUACAGUGUUUUGAACACAUUCUCAUCAACAUCAAGGAUUCUACCGUGGACCCAAAAAGACUAUUGAACGCAAUGCUCGAAACCGUGGUCACUGAGCCUGCCUUGGCGAUAUCUUUCACGCCAUUUCUUUCCAACACCCGCACGGACAAAGAUCCAGAACUAGUUGAGUUAUUGGAAGCUUCGAUAUUGCCGAUCAUUCGAGCUUUUAUUCUCUCAUCCAACACCAUGGGUAACCUAAUCUUGGAGCCGCUGAAAGUCAUUAUUUCCAACAUCUCACCCGGAAGCCUAUCCUUGAGUGACAUGGCAGAUGUUGUCGAGCUUGCUACAUUGACAAUACGAUCAACGGACCUUGCCUUGGACUUGUUUCUGGAUAUCCUGCAGCCAGACGCACCUCGUUUCAUAACGACAGACGCUGAAGUGGCCAAGUACCUACUGCAUAACUUGAUGGCGAUAGCCGUGGAACAUAUCGAGGAGGCCAAUGCUGAAGCAAAACGUUUACCUGGACUGUUGGAAUUGAAGCUAUCGCCGAAAGACAAAGACGGCAGUCUUGUGGAUAUUGACUUUAGGAUUGACCUCACUGGCACUCCGAAACAAGAAUCACACGUACGUUUUACGACUGCAUCGCUUCCUUCAAACGUGCUAGUUGGCGCCGAUUAUUCGAUUGACGCUCUGGUCGUCUUUGCAGAGACUGGGCGCGCGCACUUCAAGUGUCUUCAUCCUCUCCCACCCUACUUUGAACAAUGUUCAUGGGUUCUAGAAAACUGUGGAUCGUUCGUUACUGCCAAAUCCAUGAUCGACGCUGCGAAGGACCUUUGCAUCUACAGGGAGGACUGUUGCGGCGUCGCGGAUAUAAUCUUUGGGCUUCAGUCAGCUACCUCAUUGCUCCAGUCAGAAGAAACGUACAGCAAUGUUGCCAAAUUGAACAAGAGCCAGAACAAAGCCAAACAAUUGGCUAUCAACAGCUCUCUUCUCUGUCUUUGGGGUCCUCCAGGUACUGGAAAGACUGAAACAAUUGUUGAAAUGAUAUGUGCUCUACAGAUAGUCAACAAAAAGGCGCGGGUUCUUGUCACUGCACCGACACAUAACGCCGUGGAUAAUGUAAUGCGACGCUACAUCAAACGGAUCGAGGAACAGCCUUUGGCCAAGAAGGCUCAGCCCAAUAUACUGAGAGUGUCUACAGAAGUACGCAAAGUUGCCGACGAUUUACGAAAGUAUACCUGCGAUGCUAUGGCAGGUCAAGAGAUCCACAGUGACUACAAGGCCAUGAAAAAGGCUUCCCAAAUGAUCAAGCAAAGCGAUAUGGUAUUCACGACAUGUAUUGGUGCUGGUAUCGGUUUACUUCGAUUGGAGAUCUUCGACAUAGUCAUCGUUGAUGAAGCAUCUCAACAAACAGAGCCAAGCUCGCUGGUGCCCCUUGUCAAGGGCUGCUCAAAGGCUAUUUUAGUUGGUGAUCAUGUGCAGCUCAGGCCGACGGUACAGCAGACCUCACUUGCACUGGACUUUGACGUAUCUCUUUUUGAGAGACUCUAUACUGAGGCUCGGGGUUCAACUGAAAGUGGUUUGAACACACUGAUGCUGGAUACUCAGUAUCGGAUGCAUCCCAAACUAUGCGAGUUCAGUUCGGAGGCGUUUUACGACGGCAAGUUAAAGUCUGGGAUAGGCAUGUCUGACAGGCCGCUCAUGAAUUCCGAUUUUCCAUUUCCACCUGCGCAGACGAGCAAUUCAGCUAAGCCAGAUUAUGAGCGAGCUAUCUUUGUCAACUGCGACAUAAAAGAAAUGCCCGGCAAGUCAAAGGAGAACAAGGGACAAGCAGAGCUUUGCCUGAACAUCUGCAGACUCUUGACCUCCCAAAGCAACGCUCAAUCCAUCGUCGUUCUAACGCCUUAUACCCGACAAGCAGAAUCCUUGAAGCGUAUGUUAUCUGGGCUACACCAGACCAUCGAGGUUUCGAGCAUCGAUGGGUUUCAGGGACGCGAGGCGGAUAUUAUUGUCUUUGUGACCGUUCGUUGUAACGAGCAUCGUAGUAUUGGAUUCCUAAAGGAUAUGCGCCGUAUGAAUGUUGCAUUAACUCGUGCAAGAUCGGAAGUCAUUGUGGUUGGUAACCGAGUGACGUUGACGGAAGGCACAGAGGAUAAAGAUGCUUCAGACAUGUGGAAGAGGUUGCUGAGAAGCUUGACGGAAGUGAAGUUGGAGGUUCCUACUUCUGAAGCACGAUUGGCUGGUGGGAUGAGAAAAGAUCGGGGUCUGGCAAGGGUGUCGUGA